GACGCCGCUGGCGCCGCAGCCGAGGCGGCCGCUCCCGCCGGCGUCGAGGGCGUGGCGGCGAGGCUGCGGGCGGCCGGCGCCUCACUGACUUUGCCCCGGCCGCCGCCCGCCGGCCGCCGCGUCUCCCCAGGCCUGGUCCCUCGCGGCGCCGGGUUUCCCACGUAGCCCGUGCUGCCGCCCCGGCCGCUCCCUGCCUGCCUGCGGCGGCUACGCGCGCAGUAGAUGCCUGGUAGACACCUUAGAACUUUAAAAACGGAAAAGACCUGCUUUUAGGGGAUAAUGCUAAGGGACACUAUGAAAUCUUGGAAUAAUAGCCAGUCAGAUCUCUGUAACAGUGACCAAGAAGAGGAAGAAGAGAUGAUUUUUGGUGAAAAUGAAGAUGAUUUGGAAGAGAUGAUGGAUUUAAGUGAUCUGCCUACCUCACUAUUUGCUUGCAGUGUCCAUGAAGCAGUGUUUGAGGUGCAAGAGCAGAAGGAGAGAUUUGAAGCACUUUUCACCAUCUAUGAUGACCAAGUUACAUUUCAGUUGUUUAAAAGCUUCAGAAGAGUCAGAAUAAAUUUCAGCAAACCUGAGGCAGCAGCACGUGCUCGAAUAGAACUCCAUGAAACAGACUUCAACGGGAGGAAGCUUAAGCUGUAUUUUGCACAGGUACAGAUGUCCAGUGAAACACGGGACAAGUCAUAUCUACUGCCACCCCAGCCUGUCAAACAGUUCCUCAUCUCCCCCCCAGCAUCUCCUCCCGUGGGAUGGAAGCAGGGGGAAGACGCGAUGCCUGUUAUAAAUUACGAUUUACUCUGUGCUGUUUCCAAAUUGGGACCAGGAGAGAAAUACGAACUUCACGCAGGCACUGAGUCCACACCGAGCGUGGUGGUUCAUGUCUGUGAAAGUGAAACUGAAGAGGAAGAAGAAACAAAAAACCCCAAACAGAAAAUCACGCAGACACGGCGCCCCGAACCUCCAGCCACCACGCUGAGCGAGCCCCAGACCUUCGACUGUGCACUCUUUGGGAAAGAAAUGCCAGAUUCACUUUGACUGUCAGAACCGAGUGGCCCCAACGUGUGCACACUCCUCUCGUCCCUGUACUGUCACUGGCAGAGGAAAGGGAUGCGCCGUCCCUCCUCGAGCUGCAGCUUUGGAAGCUUGACUGACUAUGACCUCUGGCGGCCACCACGCCCUGCCAUUUGUGACCAUGUCCUGGCCGGUAGCGUUCGACUGUCUCCAACCACCAGUUGAGGUUUUUUCUGUUAUACCUAUUUGUGUGUUGUCAUUCACAGACUAUACAUUAGACAAGGUAAUAGUAAGAUUUUCUGAAGACCAUUUUUAAAUUGUCCACUUAAAUCUUUUUCAGUUGGCUUUGAAAGAAAAGCCACACACCUUUUUUUUCUAUGAAUUAGGGAGAGAUGGGGCAGAAGAAGAUGGUUUCGUUAGUCAGACUUUUCUUUCUGGUGUAACUUUUUUACCCUGGCCUCCCAUUGUCAUUUUCCGUUAAAACAGAAUUGUUUCCUGCUGGUGUUUGGUGUAUCCUUGAACCUGCUGAAGUAGAAGCAGGCAUCUUAUUAACUCUUUGUGAUCCAUUCAGACUUCAAAGUCCCUUUCGUAGAAAAGUGUUGUAACUAAGAAUGCUUUGCUUUGGGUUAGGUGGCUCUGUUGAUUCUCUGCACACUCUGAGGUUUUCUUUGUGUGGCAAGAGUCUGGAGCUCCCUGGGGUAUUCGUGAAGGGACAUGUGAGUUUGGACUAACACACCAAUGUGGCUGCCACUACAAAGGAAGGAAAAUGCAGAAAUUCAGGCCAUGUGCUGUCUGUAUGUUUUUGGUAACAUGUUUCUGUGAUUUAGAUGUUCUUAUUGUGGUAGAAUUUAUUUCUGAUGUCUUAACUUUAUUGCAAAAAAAAAAAUCUAUAUUUUCCUUCCCCUCAAGUACUCUGAGAUGAUCAACUCUUCUAUUUGUAGAUACCCACCACUGCUAAGCCUCAAUGUAAAUUCAGUUGAAAUUUGUGAUUCCAAAAGCAGUUUAUUAAAUUCAUCAUUUGACAGUUUAACUGGCAGUCACUUACUAAAUUUACUUUGCAGUUCUAAAUUCAGCCUUUUGCCAAUUUUUAAUCUUAUCUGGGUGCACUACCUUAUCACUGCAGAAUGGACCCUGUAAGUCAGGAAAUGUGUGUAUUUUCAACAUUUGGAAGGGUUUGAAUCGCCUUUUAGGUCAUAUUUUACCUUUGAAGUAAUUUAUUCAUUGUCAUUUUCUAAGUGAUCAAAAGUCAUGAUAUUUUAUUAUUUGGCUUGGCUUUCAUGCUCUACCUUCCAGUUAAAGAAUACUCUAUCCCUAACUAAAACUUUCUUCUAAAGUCAAGUAAUGCCAAUUACCUGAAUUUUUCUUUUUUUUUUUUUUGAGUGUUGAGUAAAUUGAAGAAAGAUUUAAACCAAAAUUAAAUAUAUAUUAAAUAAUAUAUAUUUUAUGUAAUAUGUAAUUAUUUAAUAUAUAUUAAACUUUUCUGAGUGGAGAACAUUAAUAUUUUCAUUUUUUCUAGUAUAGUACUUCCAUAAGGUAAACUCUGUAAAAAACAACUAAAUGCCCAUUAACUUUUUAACAUUGUGAAAUCAACCACAUGUUAUGGUCUCUGUCCUUUUUUGGUUAUUUUGUAUCCAGUUCACAUAUCCAUCUUGUGAGAGGUGAGUCUCAUCCAUCUUUUUUUUCAAGUUCCUUUUAAUAAUUUUAUCUGCAUUUUUUUCUUCUUUGAAAUCAAGUCAUUGCUUAGAUUUAACUGAUACUACAGUAGCCAUGUUUUCUAUAGAAAUCAUAACAUCCUCUCAGGAAUCAAUUUAUUGAGACAGUUAUGAGGAAAGAAGAUGAUGUUUUUGGUUAGGAAAAAACAUUUGUGAAGGGUAAGAAAACCAAAGCACUUAAUAAGGAUAGUUGAUGGAACCUGUGGCGCAUUGGCUCUCAUGUUCUUGCUUCUUUCAACUCACUCACCUGACGAAACCAGAAGUUAAUCCAUUUAGUACUUGUGGGAGCAUCUGCUAGUUUAAGAUGCUAAGAGGCAGAAACGGUAAGAGCAGUUCUCUUACCUGAGAGCGCUGAAAAUCAGGUGGAAAGCAAACGAGUCGUUUCACAUUCUGCUCCUUCAAAAUGGUGUACACUAAAACCUGUCAGUAACGAAGAACCAAGUAAAAGCUCCUGGGAACUUUCAAGUUCAACGCAAAGGUUUAAAUAUGCUUUGUGGUUGAUGGGGUGUUUGAAUUAAAGAGCUGCAGGAGUUAGAGUCGGGCUCAGCACCUUCGUUCUUACAGUUGUUUGUGUUUCCCAUUCACAUUAAAAUUCCAUCUUUUAAGAAUGUUGUGAUCUAAAGUGGGAAGACUUGAUUUCUCAGAAUCUCAGCUACAAAGCUGCAGGUGACUUUGGAAACCGUAUAGUUGUGUUACUCGGACUAGAAAACAGGAGAUGAGACUUGCUGCAAAGUCCAUGGAAAGGCAGCCCCGGUUCUAGAAUUGGCAUUCAUUCCCAACUCGCAGGCUAGGGCUUUCUCUACUUUUUCUUGCAUUAGCCUCUUAAAGACACUCAGAGACAGUGAACCCCAGCCACAAGAAGACAAAAACAAAAAAGGAGAAAGUUAUUUUUCUCCUGUUGGGAUACAAUGAAUAAGAUAAAUCUUAUCUGAUGAAGUCAGUGACUUAGCAGUUUUAAUGAAUGAAUUUGAUGUUCCAUGUUUUGUGUUUUUGUUGUCACUGUACCAUUGGGUUUGGAAUCCUUUUAAAUAAUGUUAUGUUGAUAGGCAGCAGCUGCGCUGACAUUUAAUCCAAUGUGAGUUUGGAGUGGAGUGACACUCUCACUCACUGCUUGUAAACUGGAGUCCUGUUAAAUAUUGAAGCCUGACCGUGCUUCAUAUUUUUGCAUAGACUCUUUUACAGACCGUGGCUUUAUUUUUUAAAGGGAAAAUUUCAAGCAUAAUUAAGCAAUGGAAAAUGUCCAAAAUUCUUUGGUGCGUCAGGUUCACUGUCUGCUGGCACCCUUUCUUUUCUACACAGUUGUGUACUUCAUCCCUGUCCUGCAGGUGAGCGUGCUCAGUCUUUCCCUUCUUUGCACAUUUGCAGUUAUAUAUUCCAGUGUGAAAGGAAAUAAAUUACUUACAAUAAGUGUGACAAUAAAAAGAAACGAAAGACUUGGCAAAAUUGUUGCCUCCUAGCUGAGGAGGUAAGUCCACAUUGUAGAACCUCACCUUUUAAAAAGUUAAAUAAAUUUAAAGAAUAAGAUUUAUGAACCUUGUCCAACAAUUUGAUAAAUACAUGUUUUUUAAACUUUUGUUGGAGUGGAGUCACACAGAACCUCUUCAUUUAAAUGCUGUUAUUUUUUAAAUCAUGAAUUGGGAGAAUGGUAAUAAUUUGGAGAGUGUUGUUAUUACCAAAUAUACAGUCAACAGAGCAACUGAAAUUUGCAACAAAUCCUAGGUUCACUAACUAAAAAAAUUAUGAAAAUGGUCAAGUAUAAAAUAGUAGUUUCUGGCCAUGGCUAAGAAGAACUAACUAACCUUAGGUUGAGUCAGUGUCUCUGUCCAUUUAAAUGAAAGUUUAAAGACUUUUCACUUGACUAGCCAUGCGGUCUAUCUUGUAAACCUACAUUUCCUCUUGAAACAAAACCAUGUUCUUCAGGCUCUUGGAACUCCCUUGGAGAGAGGCUGAAAGUCCAUCCUUGUUGUGAGGGAAGACUUAUAUCUAUGCAGCGAAUGUGUGUUUUUCUGUAUUGUUGUCUAUUUAGUCCCCAAUCCCUCUCCUUCACGUUGGGGACUGAGGAGGGAGGGGCAAAGGUGGCUGAUCUCGUCGGUGUGCUGUUCGUCCCACUGCUUCUCCGCCCAGGGGGCCCCAGUGCUUUCGUGUCUGCUGCACUGUGCGUAUUCUCCAAGUUUAAGGAAAGUUUCUCCAUCAUUUCACUUCUGUCUUAUUGAACCCAGGGGUUGAACUUACUGUUUUAUCUGAACAUGUUUGUGAUCUUAUGCUGCAUUCUGGGGGCACAUUACUUUCCUGGUACUAUAAACUGUAGUGGGUAUUAUUGUACUUCAGAAAGCUCGUCAGUGCUUCCCGUCUGUGAAUUCCACGUUUCACUGUGCUUCAAGUGGUGAUUCAUAGUUUGUAGCCCUUGGUUAUUUGUCAGCUUUGGCUCUUCCAUAUUUUGGGGACAUUUAAACAAUCCUUGUCCUAUCGUGGUGACAAAAGCAGAAUGUCAUUUUGGGGGGAAUCUGUGAUUAAUUGUAACAAGUUUUGUUUUUAAAGCUAAUAAAGUUUAGUGUUUUGGUUUUUUUUUUAA